CACGUUACUUUUUCAGACACACGUAUCUUAUAAUGCACUCCAUACGUUCAAUGAUAAGUUUUAUAAUCAGUUUUAUUUUUAUAUUGUUACAGUGAAAAAGUCCGAGUGAAGUAACGAAAAUGUAUUUUCUGCUGACAAUUUCGUUUUUAAAGUUUGUGGGCGUUACGUUUGCUGCGCCACCGAAUACUUUAGAGCAUCCGUCAAAGAAUGAGGUGAAUCCAUAUGAUUUUCCCUUCGUCACCCGUUCAGAGUGGAAAGCAAGGAUGGCCAAGCAGACCCAACCGUUAAAAACACCUGUGCCUUACGUAGUGAUCCACCAUUCUUACACACCUGGAGCUUGUACAACGAAAGUACAGUGCAUAAAAGCAAUGCAGAACAUGCAAAACUUUCAUAUGGAUGAUAGGGACUGGUGGGAUAUUGGAUACAAUUACGCCGUUGGCGGCGAUGGAGCGGCUUACGAAGGUCGUGGCUGGGACAUUCUGGGUGCGCACGCGCUGCAUUUCAACAGUGUCAGCAUAGGCAUUUGCAUCAUUGGCGACUGGAGAUCUGAACUACCGCCUAAGCAGCAACUGGAAACGGCGAAAGCGUUAAUCGCCGCUGGAGUGAAACUCGGCCGAAUAAGUUCCGAGUACAAACUAGUUGGCCAUAGACAAGUCAGGGAUACAGAGUGUCCAGGGGACGCUCUCUACAAUGAAAUCAAGAAAUGGGACCAUUAUUCCGACCAUCCUACCUGUACAGGUGACUUGCUCACAAUGCCUGAAAUAUCUGACAAAGUCAAAGACGUCAUACUCGGGAAUAGCACAUACGAUGAUUAGUUAAGAAUGUGCUAACUCGUAGUUUAUAACAACCGGUUAGACUAAAAGUAAUUUGCGGGUUUACCACACAUUGAACAUACCUUGUAUUUUGAAGUAUCUUAGAUAUUUAUGCACAGUUGCAAGUGCCAUGAUCACGGAGUAACUGAAGUUAUUGCGGGUAAAGUGUUAUUGGCAGACACAUCAGUUUACCCUCUGUCCAUGGAGGUUAGAGAGAAGGAGAACGAUCGCUACGUGCUAAAGCAUUAGCCCGCUUGUCCCUGAAAAUUUGUAGAAUUUAUAGUUCAUUUUUCAGCCACCAGCCGCGCUGACGUCGGUAAGUAGUAUCUGUGAAGUUAGCUGUUUAUGAGUACAAGUAGAUGAAGUUAGUUGAAUAAUGUACAAAUUUUCUUCGCGGCAUUGGUCAUUUCAAAUUAGCGCACAACAGCUCGCUUUUAUUGAGACAACUUAGCGAUCGCAGCGCCUCAUUUAUUUUGUCCAUAUUUCUGGGACACUAUUGUCUACAGCGAUAGCAGCCUUCUCUCAAACCUCCAUACCUCUGUCGUAUACUGAUAAAAAUCCCGUUAAUUACUCUUAAAUUUUAGUGAUCAUAAAAGUAUAAAACAAUAUACCGGUAUAAAGUCUGUUUCUUCUUGCUUUGCUUUAUAAACUUUACAUUAACAUACUUCACAUAACUCUGAUCAAAUAUUUAUUAACACAAAAGCACAUAUCGCUUAAUACACGUCGAUUUGUACUGUGUACAAAAUGAGGAUCUGGCGAACAAAACUGUAUAAUUACAUAAAAUUAAAUAAAUCUACAUGAGCAGUAAAAAACUGAAAGACCCACCUACAGUGAGCAUUUGGCAUGAUUUUUAAUUUAUUAAUUUUAACACUGUUUUUGGUGGUUAUGAUUGAAAAUAAGUUAAGAUUCAAAUUCAGCAAGCCCAAAACCUCAGGACUGUAAAAAAAAGUAUUUUGACCAGAUGCGCAGUUAUACCGUUUUGUUCGCCAGCUCCUCAAAUAGAAUAAGAGCUAUGAACAAAAGAUUAUAAUUAAAGUAAGAAAUCAGGACAAUAAUAUUAGGUCUUCUAUUAUAUUUUCGUAAAAAAAUAUUUAUUUGACCAUUUUGUUAAAGGUUUUUAAUACUUAUACUGACAUGCUUUCAAAUUAACAAAUAGCAGCACACAACAAUAAAAGGGGUGAUGACGGGCUGAGAUAAAUGAAAUUAUAUUUAGUCCGUCCGUCAGUUACAUUAUUAAAAAAUAAUAAACAGUUUUUUUUACAAUCAACCAAACAAUUACAAAGAUUAAGCGGUAAGUGGGCUCGUGACGUCACUUCUAAGUAAAAAUUGUACCAACACGUGACGUCAUGCGACAUUUCAAAUCAAUAUAUCUGUGUAAUUGUUUGAUUUUGGUGUCCAAUACUUUUUGAUAAUCUACCUAAAAGGCGAAGAAAAUAAAAUAAGUCAUCGUCCCUAUUGUUAUCUGUGUGAAAUUUUAAACAUCUUAAAUUACUAGCAAAUAUAAACUCAGUGAUGUAUUAUCAUGAAACUAUAACCUAGUCAUUGGGUGUAACAUUCAAAUUCAGUUGCAGCAUUACAGUAUUAUUUAAUAUGUACUAUAUAUUAAAUAAUAUACACAAGCAAGGGAUCUAGUUAUUUAAAACCAAGAUUUAUAGUGCUUGAUAUAGGAUUUCCAAUAACUUGAUGCGUUUGUACCUACGUAAAUAUUUUUCAAUGAUUCUAUUGUCAUUCAUACUUAUAAUAGAUAAGUAAAACUAAAACAAUUUGUUGUAGAAUUCCAACGCAUUCGUCAGAUUAAAUUAUAGCCUGUAUUUUUCUGACCAGAAGCGGAGUAUGUAUGUAAGCCUAACCCUGCCUGGCCUUAUGCAUGCUUUAUUGACAUUUUAAAAAGUUUUAUCUUAACAUUCUCUUUAUCCAGAAACUUCGGCAAUUUUCCGGAUUGUAUUUCUAUAUUUUGUCUCUAUCGCUUGUUUGGCAUCUGACAAAGAGAGAACACAACUUAUAGCUCCUAUAAAUAUAUGAACGAAUGUUUUUGAAUAAAUAGACUGUUGUGCGAAGUACUAACAAAAAACUCGCCAGUAUUUUGAGUAUUUUUAUCUCUCAGCCUUCAUAGCCGCAACAUUAUCAUACGAUAAAAGUAAUUUAUCGACUCGACAUCUCAAAUCCAUUUAUAUUUUACAUUAUAGAUAUCUCAUAUCGAUAAAUCGAUCUAUAAUUGAUUUUUAUUUAAACGAUUUACUGCCCGAUUCUUAGUUAAAUUAGUUAGUAAUUUUUUUAUGAAAUGCUAGUAGUUACGUUGAAAAUGUCCUGUAUUUUUUAUACAUCAUAUGCUAAGGAAAGAGGAUAGAAUUCCGUAACUCCUGCAGCGUAUGUGAGCAAGCAGAGGCCCAUGCACGAUACUAUUACGGAGCUGUCAAAAUUCGCGCUUUGGCCUCUGUUGAGCUUUACAAACACGCCUCAAUCUAAACAGGGAUGUGCAAUAUUAUGUUUUAAGAAAUAACUGUAUAGAUGUAUUAUUGAAUAAUAUAAUUCUUGUUCUUUUUCAAAACUUAGGAUUGGAUCCGACCCGGUAAAAGUGAAGAUUAUGCAAGCCACUAAACAUGAGUGGCUGAUAAAGAGAACUUAAAAUUCCUACUACACUUAAGAAUGCAUGCAUAUUUUCUAACUUAGUUAUAUGUACGUAAUAGUUGAUGAAAGUUGUUUUUGCAAUGUCUAUAAGUAAAUUAUACAAAUAAGUAUAUGCUAUGAUCUUCUGAAGUUAAAGAUACGUCAUACACGCUUCUAAUUUGGCAAUACGAAAGUCAGGUAAUUGCCCGAUUUGUAUUCAGUAGGGCACGCUAUCUCGCCGCGGCUACACUUCGCUACAACGUGUAAAUAUUUAACGUUUUUCCAGAUAGAAACCCCUAUGUGUGUUUUAAGAUAGUACACAAAUUAUCAUGGAACUAUUAGAGACAAGAAAAACGUGUCAUUUCAUUUGUAAGUACAGUUUUUUUGGAAAUUAAUGUAAAAAUAAAUAAAUAAUUUAGUAAUUACUUAUUUUGACAGUAGCUGACACCGUUCACACGUGAAGGCUAAAGAGAGAAAUGUAAUAUGCACUCGUGCCAUUUUAAAAUGCAAUAAUAUUGGCGUAUAACCUGUCUUUAUAUUGUACGACAUUGAGUAUAUGUAUAAUAUACGUAUGUAUUAUGAUAGAUGAAUUAGACUUUGUUAAUUUUAAUAUUGUAAUUUUUGUUCGCGUAGAUUUAGUAGCAUCAAUUAUUGUAGUCUUUUUAAUUUAUUCUAGUUGGUAAGGGUACAGACAGCCACAACUGAACUCCCAAAUAUAUCCAAUCUACUUUGAACUUUAUUACUCAUAUCCAUUGUUAAACUUAUUGGAAAAAAACAACACUUUUUGGUAAUGUUACUGACUGUACAAUGUUAUCCUUUGAAUAAUAUUAUUAAAAUUCCGUUUGUCUCAGAACUUAUAUCAAUAGAUUUUCUAUUUACAUCACAUUUGUGUGUAUUGUGGAAAUGUACUGUGAACUUCAGCAGAAAUGAUAGUGUAACUACAUUUCUUAUUUUAAUUUUGUUAGUUUAUUAAUACUUAAAACUUUUUUUGAAUACAGUUUAUAGAUUAUACGACGUGAAAGCUGUUAGCGAUGAUGUUUAAUCGUAGGUAUUUCUUACAUGGCGAACAAUCUCGAUUUAAAGUGCAAUAUUAUUAAUUAAAACUGCUAGUUUUCAUAGAUAUAAGUCCAUAUUUAUAAGUACUUUCAUAGUCCGAUUCAAACUUAACGGCGGCUUUGUAGUUCGCGCAAGACGCGGCAGUUUCGUUUACUGCUUAGUAGCAGUAAAAGGAGAUCCUGUAUGUCCAUCUCUUUUACGUGUAUAGUGCUGUCCCGCAUUCUGGAUUCAGCAAGAUGGAUAGUGUGAAAGAGACUUGUUGAAAGCUUUUUUGAAUCGUUCAAUAUUUUUUCCUACUACUGAUACGUCCUGCGUUUAUAACUUAUGUGUUUUAGCAGCAGCUAUUUUUGUAAAUUUUUAUAGUAUUAAGAUCAGAUAAACGAAAAAAUAUUUAUAUACUUUUCAUAAAAAUAAAUGUUUUUAAUUGUCACGUGUGUAGUUUAUUUAUUAAUUUUAAUAUAGAAUGCAACCCGGUGAGACUCAAACUGGC